GCUAGUCUUGUGCCGGACUAAACAAGCAUACAAGAAGAACAGAAAAAAAAUAAAACUAUGCACCCGGAGCAGCUUCUACACCAUCCGCUCUCAAAGUCCAAAUCAUGAAUCCGCUCUCAAAGUCCAAAAGCUUUGAUCACAAGCAGGACAUAGCUCACCGGGAAGCCAGCACGCUGAAAGAGCGACAGGAUGCGGCUAGCGCGGCGAGUUUGUUGAUAUCGUGAGAAAAAGCCCUCUCAGUCUCAAACCUUUUUGCUUUGCAAAUUCAGCAAUAAGUACAAAUUGAAAUUUGCUCAGCAUCUUGACACGGAAAUAAACCCGUGAUGCGUCGAAUACAAGGGAAAUAAACACCUAUAGCUGCAGACGAUUAGGAUUAUCUCGCAUGCCGAGCAUGACAUAAAACUGUCUCAAGGAAGUUGCUCAUCACAAGUUGAGACUGAGACAGUUUUUUCUCAGGAUAGUUGACUAAGAAAAAUUACCAAUACGGAGGUUCCUCCGCUUCGACCUCGAAAAAUCCGCAUUUGAUAUUCUGAGUAAAAACGUCCCCACCCCAGAGUUGUCGUGCAAUCCUGCAUGCCAAAAACGUUUCUCAUGCGGAGCCCUAGCAGAAGCAUUUCCUAUUCCUGUUUUGAACUUUGUGAUGCUAGAAUCAGCAUGAUAUGCUAGAUCUGUGAUGCUUCUGAGCUAGCUAAUCAGGAUUACACUACGAGGACAACCUUGUCAUGCCAAACAACCAAAGCUGUGUGAUUUGUCUAGCAGAUUUCCCAUCUUGACUCUGGUGUGAGGACGUUUCUAAUCAGGAUAUUUGAACAGACAAAACUACGGUAAUGAUGCAGCGUCUUCGAACACGCAGCCCAGCCGCCUGUACCCGACAACUUCUGCGCAAGAUGAUCAUAUCCCUAGGACCACGAGGACCGGAACAUCAUCAACCCCAAGAGCUGCACAACAAGAUCAGUGGCGGCACCCCGACGCGCCCGCCCCGCACCCGCAGCGGAGUUUGAAGCGGUGUUUGUUACUGUAUGAACAAGCCGUGAACCUGCAGCGAAGAAGAACGCAGCUGUCGGCGCGGACCUUGCACGAACAGCAGGGCAGCAAUCCUUACCACGAGCAGAACUUUUCGUCUGCUUACCUGGAUGAUCAUAUGAACUGCAAAUGUGUACUCUGGAGCUGGAAUAAACUUGUGAUGCUAUUUUGUAAAUGGUGGGCGCACUGCGUUAUGCAGCCACGCAUGACAAGUUUGUGAGGUCCUGUGUGUUUCGCUUCGCGUUCGCGCAUGACAAACUUCAUUUUUACAUACGGGUGCCUUCCUGCUCAUGUAAUACAGAUAGAAGAGUCAUGUGAGACAAGCAUGACAAGCUUGCAUUCACUUCCAGAACCAGACAUAUUUGCAGUUGAUAGAUCAAGACGUCGCGCGGGGCCGCAGCAGAACGGCCGCUAGCCGCAUGUUUACACCAGAGUCACUAUGGAUUGUAAAAAUGUCUGGGUCUGGAAGAUUGCCAGGUUUGUCAUGCAUAUUUUGCAUGACCCAUAAGGCCUGUAAUGCAAGAGCUAGCAUCACAGACUUUUUGAGGGCUUCCUGAUGCCUCUCCCGCAUGACAAAUGCCCUCCCAGCGUAGCACAAUCUGGACUCCUCUUGCUGGUCAUGCAAUGCAGAUUUUUUUAGAAUCGAAAGACAGCAUGACAGGUUGCGAUCUUCCAGACCCAGACAUUUUUACAUUUGAUAGUCACGAGUUAGGAACAACAUUUUCCCACGCGCCAUUUCGACGAGCACCAUCAUCACUGGCCACAGCCGGUCCGUUAUCGCAGAGGAAAAUUGGCCCUCCCCAUAGAUAUCAUCAAAAUGGAAAUCUGUGAUGCGGGAUUUGUGUUGUACACAAAUCCAAAUCGAUUCUGUUUUGCAGUAGAGGACUGCACGCAGAUCCUAUGCCUAGGUGAGGGCAUUUUGGUGUAGACGCCUAGCAUGGUAGACGGCUAGUUUCCUGUAGGCCUACAUAGCGUUACAAAACGCCACCAUAAAAACGAGGCGGACAGCCUGAAUUCUGUGCCUUCUUGCAAGACACUCACAAAUCUGCAUCUUCACAAAUGUGCUUGUAAUAUGGGGACGAGGGGGGGAUGUUUCCUUGCAAUAUCCGUGCCGCAGACACCCACCACCAACCGAUCUUCGAGCAACGUGUGGCGGAGUCUGGAUGAAGACCACUUUUCUAUCCUGUGCAAAAGUAUCGUACUCGUACGUAGUAAUUGCAAAUGCGAUCAUGCGUUGCAAGUCUUUUUCUGAAGGUAAAUCUGGACUACGAAUUUUAUUUCCCAUGCUGAGGAAAUUUGUAGUGCAUUUAUACGAGUGCGAUACUUUUGCAGUUCAUAUUUUCCACCCCGAAGCAACUUCGCGGACGGGGACUGACCUACGGGGAACAGCUACAAGGCGGGCUCCGCUCCCGGUCACAGCCGCCCGACCAUAGUGCAACUACCGGCGCGGACCACCCGCCGGACGAAGUUGUCAACACCGGGGCUGACGACGCACAAGCCGCCGGGGAAGAUCCGAAUUUCACUGAUGAUCCACAAAGUACGAACAGAACCCUAUCAGAAGGAAAAAUCUUCCCUCCCCAUAUGGAAAAGGCACGCCUCAGAAAAUUUGCAAUGCUGAUUUGUGACCACAAAUCGUGUCUGUCUUGCAAGAAAGCAACGCCACAGGUUCCGCCCCAUUAUGCAGAUGGUUUGUGAUGCUCAUGCGCCUACAGUAUAGACGUUUCUCAUGCUGAUUGCCUAGGCCAAAACCUCGCUACUCUGGCAUGAUGUGCGCCUUGCAGUCCUCUACUGCAAUAGAAAUCUGAUUUGUGCGCAGAUUCAGCAUCAGAGCUAUCGUUUUGAUGUGGAGAGGGAGGACGUUUCCUUCUGAUAAACCCUCCAGAGAUCCUUCUCGGCCCGCCCCGCGAACACCGAGCCGCCGUCGAGUGGGGGCGGGGGGGCCACGACGAGCAACUUCUAUAACCGGUCCGUCUCCGCGAGCCGGCGGUAUCCUGUGCAAAUAAAGUAUCGUACUCGUAUAAAUGCAAGUCUUGCAUUACAAGUCUUUUUCUUAAAGCAAAUCCGCAUGACAAAUUUUAUUUCUGAUGCUGAGGAAAUUUGUAAUGCUAAUGCAUGUAUACGAUUACGAGUGCGAUACUUUUGCAGUUCAUAGACGGGCGAGGACGCCGACCUUUCCCAACGGCUACGCGCAGGUGGUAGACAGGCUGAUAUCAGCAAGAAAAAUCCUCCCUCUCCAUAUCAAAACGGAAACCUGUGAUGCAGAUUUGUGAUCACAAAUCAGCCUUGUCAUGCUACAAGGGAAAAGAUGCGGACUGUAGUGCUAGGUGGCUUGGGAAAUAAGCCUCGCAUCUUCAGCAUGACAGGAGGCAGCUGGAAGUGGGGAAUAGCGUGACAAAUUGCCUGCACACGAGGCCACAACUGCGGCCCUUGGCCUUCUAGCAAUGCAGGUCGAUUUGUGUACUCAAAUAUAUAGCGGCGGCAAAAGCUUAUUUUUUGGAAAAUUAAAAAAAGCAUUGGGUGUCAUAGAUACUGGCCGCGAAGAGCACCACCAUCGCCACGUGUGUCGAGCAUGCUCGGCUGCGGCGCCUGUGCAGCCUCGGUUGGAAUUAAUCGGAGGAAAAGAAGGUCGGGCGCCUGGUUGACAUAAAUAAUAGGUCCGGGGGGCUGGGCCUUACGAACUGCACUGCACUCGCGGGCCCGCGCUCUGGCUCGAUGCCCCGCCGAGACCUGCGCCGAUAGUAGUGGAGCCGCCGGCAACCGGGCCCUCGUGGCAUGCUUGCCAGUGGCCUAGCGUAUGUGUUUUGGCAGCGCGCCGGGCAGCAGGAUGGGCCGGGGAGAUGUGGCGAGGAGAAGCAUUUCCCUGCCAGGUUUGUGAAAAGGCCUCGCGUAAUGGCCGCGAGAAAAUAACAACGCGCCCCGGGCUGCUAGGGGUGUGCGCUUUCCGCCUCCCGCAGCCCUUUCCGAAGCGUCGCCCGGCGGCUCUUGCUGCUUUUCUACCAGCUCUGGUGGUUGGCCCUUCGAGGGGCGAUCGCUGGCGCGCCGGGGUUUCAGAGGGGCCGCGAAAGGGUCACCGGACUGGCAGGAGAACAUGAAAAAAGCCCCGGAAACAUGCGGCGGCCAAAAGCCGCGCCCGUUUUGAAACCUGGGAGUCAGAGCGCCUGCCGCCGGAGUACCACAACCAAACUCCGGGCUGGAGGGGCGGAAACUCUUGGUCGCUGCGGCUGUGUCACUCCCACCCCGGCCCCUGGAGGGGGCGUGGCAAGCAAUUGGCCCGACCGAAUGCCCGCCGCCCGGCACACCCCCAAAGCGCGGGGCUUUUGCCUCUUUUGGGGGGGCAUGAAACGGCACCAAGCGGACUGCCUCUCCUGCGUGCGUUAUGCUCCGCAAGGGCAGUGGGGGUUCGCAGAGUAAGCCAGGCCAGAAGGGCUUCAUUGACCGCCAAAAGCGCCGCAAGCCCUGUCCCUUUCCUUUUUGCCGCGCCAUAAUCGGAUCGGGACAAAGCACGUGGCCGAACCCUACCCGCUCGACCAGUCCUACCGACUGCGCCAGGUCGGGCACCUUCAAAGGGGGCCAAGGACAGGGCGACGAAGAUGCGCACCCACGGCCAAGGAAGGGGGCGCGCGCCCGCGAAGAAACGGCCGCCCACCCCUUCUGUGUGUUAUCUCCGAGGCAUGUCCCUAGCCCGCCCAUCCGCGGAAACCCGGGGAAGCGGCAGGGCCCCGGCCGUGCCAAACGGACGAAAACCUCCCCCCCACCCGAGCAUGCGCCGGCGGCGAGAGGAGGGGGAGCAACCUGAGCCGAACUUGUUGGGCCCUCUCUUCCGACAACCCGGAAACUGGUCGUCUCGAAUGGGCAAAGGUUUCGUGGAACGGCGCGUGCCGAGCAGCCCGGGCCCAAGUGACACGCUUGUCGCUACGACGGAGCUUCGGGUGGGAGGCUUCCCAACGGAAAUGCGGGCCGGGCAACCGGAAACACCUUCCGGGGGAGGCUAAAGAGGCACCCCCCCAAAGUGGGUCCGUAGCAUGCGGGGUCGCUCUUGCUUAGGGCCACUUUUGGAGACCCUAUCCGGGCACCCCCGGCCGCGGGGCCCGGGGGGAGGCCGGAAGUGGAAAGCCAGCGGCGGCAAGGGCGGUCAAGCAGCACGCGGCCGACUUGCACCCCGGAGCGGCCGCGGGGCUGCGCAGCUGCCCGGAAGCGUGGCGCCGAUUGCCUCGGCAAACAAGAGCGCCGGCGAUCCUGGCGCCCCACACGCGCUGGCUUCUGGUUUUGGCGCCAUGCGUCCCUCGGUCUGGCCGAAGAAAAACAGCGACAACUAGCACGGCCCACAGAAUGCAGGUAGUGUUUUCCCCGGCAAAUUGGUCCGCGUCCGCCCUGCAUUGCCAGCUGGCCGGCUUCGCAAUGUUGGCAGGGCGGCGCGCCGAAAGAGUAGGGCGUCCGUGAGGGUCCUGAUGUUUUUGGCAUCCUCUAAAAGGGCCCCGGGCGCCGCGCACCUCUGCGCCCUACCUCCGGCGCAAGCGCUGUGGGCCUCGGAUCGGGCCAGGAAAACAGUGGGGCGGCGGAGCCAGGCCCAAUCCUUUCCGCCGUACAUUUUUCCGGAAAUCGGCCAAAGGCACGGCGGUCGGCCGAGGGGGCUUUUCAGGUUGCCGCCCGCCCUGGUUGGGGCCACUAGAGCACGGCGCGCCGCGGUCGGGCCCCCCUUGCGCGGGCCGUCUGAUCAGUUCCCCACCUGCAAAAAGGGGGGCCCGGCUGCCCCGCUGUGUUGCCCCGGGCUGUGGCGCUUGUACUCUAGCCUCCAAGCGUGCUGGCAGUGUCGCCGGGCGGCUGUUUUCCGCGAAAUUUGUAUACGAAAUGCCGUCGGGUAGUUCUUGUAAGGAAUCCCGCGACUUGGCGGAAGCUCGCUAGGGGGUGGCUUGGGAGGUGUAACCAAACCGCAGGCGCCUUGGUUGGGAUGGAGCCACGCUUCCGCCCGCUUUGCAGAAAUGGGGCUACUCGAAAAGGGCGAGCGCCGCGCGGUUGAGGAAUUUAUUGCGGUCGGCCGAGCGGGAGUCGUGGGCGGCGGCCGAGGGGUGUUGCGGCACCUCGCCGGGCAAUCAGGGAUGGGCAUUGCGGCCGAUGAUGCCGCCUGAACGGGGCGCAGGAGCAUGGCCCCUGGGCAUCUGGUGCGGCGCAAGGCGCUCGCCCAUUCCAUAUCACGCCGUGCCUUUGGCUUGGGCAGAUUCGGCCGUGCCUGCCGGGCCUCCGCCUGCCCCGACCAAAUUCGGAGCGGCGCAGACCUGGCGGGAUUGGCCCGUCUAGGGGUCAACGACGGGCCCGGCCCCCUGCCCAGGAUGCCCGCUCUGGCGUGCGCGGACGUUAAAGCUGACGCAACCUCUCGCGCCUUCUGCUAGGGGUUCUCUCUGCGGUGGUGUGAUGUGUUUGACUUUGCGGCAGCACGGCAGAGCAAACUGGGUAAGCGCUGCGCCGGCGUGGCUCUUACGCCGUCCUGAGUCCAGAAGCGUGAUGAUUCUGAUGGGCUGCGGGGCCCACGAUAAAGCCACCCAGUAUUUUUUUUAAUUUUCGCAAAAAUAAGCUUCUGCCGCCGCUAUACACAAAUUUCGUUUUCGAUAUGGGGAGGCGGGGGGGUUUUUCCUCUUGAUAGUUGAAGUAUGGCGUGUCCUACCGGCAGUCCUACAAUCAUCCGAACCCGGUGAUUCGGUCCCUGGACGGGUUGGGCGGGCAGUCGGUCGAUAUCAAAUGCAAAAGUGUUUGGGUCCUCUGGAAGAAUGCAAGUUUGUCAUGCUUGUCUGGCAUGACUCGAGAGUCUGUGUUGCAUAGGCACGAAAAGGCCCUCUUACCUGUCAUGCAAAAACGCAGUUUGCCAUGCGGAAUACGUGAGACGUGGCAGCUAAAAAAUUUGCCAUGCAUAGCUGCGUAUUGCAGUGCGUCUAUCAUUCACUUUUAGCAUUACAAGUUUCCAGACCCAGACAUAUUUGCAAUCCAUAGUCGACAGCUGGAAGCCGUUUUCCUUUGGGGAUGGAACGAGUAUCCUGAGCAAAAACGGGGCCCAUACUACAGAGUCAAGAUGGGAAAUCUGCUAGACAAAUGUCCAAGUUUUGGGAGUUGCGCAUGACAAGUUCUUUGCCUUUGCAGUGUAGUGCUGGUUGUUCUUAGCACGGGAAGCUGCAUGAGAAAGCCAUUUAAUAUUUCUCAUCCUGUUUACAGCAUUACAAAUUCCAAAACACGAUUGGAAAUGCCUCUCAUGGAGCUGCGCAUUACAAACCGAUUCCUGUCAUUGCGCAUUUGCAUGACAACUCUGGGGUGUGGGCCCCGUUUUUCCACAGGAUACCGAGCAAAUCUGUGCACUACCCUUUCAGCCGGAAGGCCCUCUCAACGUCGGACGAUCCCAACGCGACGAAGCUGCUCGGUAGUACUUCCAAUAAGCUGGGCGAGCGGAGCGAGAGUCCUAUCGAAUGCAAAUAUCUCUGGAUGACUGGAAGGAUGCAACUUGUCAUGCUAGGUCCGGAUGAUGCGAAAAUCUGUCGUGCAAGAUUGCCAAAAGUUGUCCACUUUUGAUCAAACCAAGAGGAGUUUCUCAUGCCGAACCGGCAUGAUGGAGAUCAUCUCACAGAAUCUGUCAUGCUAGGUCCUGCAUUCCAGCCCUCAUGGGUUAUUGGAAAACCUGCAUUACAAACUUUUGACUCUUCCACAUAUUUGCGAGGCAUAAGUUCGCCGGGAGAGCGACCGUCCUAUGGCGACAAACUGCUGCCUAUCAAAUGCAAAGAUCCCUGGAAAGAACUUGUGAUGCAAGGAAGGGAAUAGUGACCUCACCACUGUAAUGCGCUGCCCAGCAUGACAACUUUUUCACUAGUUAUCUGAGUUGCGUACUCCGCAUUAGAACAAUGAAACUGCGCCUUAUUUGCAUGUUGACAGGGAGGUGGUGGUGGAGGAGCUCUUCGCUGCCACGCAAUACAGACUUCAAAGUCAUGAUGCCAGACUAGCAUGACAAAUCUCGCAAUCACCCAGACGUCGUCCAGGGAUAUUUGCACUGGAUACUGCCCAAUCCUCGCCUGGACAGCGACACCGCACGGCAGCGGCAGAACCUGCUGCCCGGCCCGCGAAAAACGGAAUUUCUGUGCGAGGUCGUUAUUCCGCAGAAAAACCGGUGCGCGUACAAGGGCAGGAUCAAAAUUCGGGUGCGGCAAGGGGCGGACCUGAAGCAGAUUGCGGAAUCGCAUCGGAGGGUGUACGGACUCACCGUGAGUCAGACCGAAAAAUUGCUGCGGACGCUCGUCGUCACGAGAACCCAAAUACGUAUUCUUCAUUUUUGCUGUUCACAUUUCUUGAUCUUGUCGGCAAGAGAUCAGAUGGCGAUUUACAUUUGGACCAGUAGGACGUAGUUGUUGCGCUCUGCUUUUUUUGAGGAGGCGAUUUGGUGGGCAUGGUUGAUGGGCAUGGUGAUUAGGAUUUUCAGUUCCAUCCUGGAGCUGUCAGAGUGCUGUCGGAAAACUAUAGUGAUGAAAUUCAUGAAGGACCACUACAAGUCCCCUGACCAACACCAAGCACCACAAUAUGGAAAAAACAGAGCACGGUUCUUUUCUGGUUGCCCAGCUGACGGGCGGCUUGAGAUCUGGCGCCUCCAUAUCCCCCAGAAAAAGACCGACAGGUCAUAUUUGUAAUGCAAAAAUAAAUAGACAAAAAAAUCUGUAUUGCAUGCCCUAAACAGGAUGUUAUGGCCUCGCCCAUGACAGAUUUUCCUGUGUAUUUAUUUUUGCAUUACAAAUAUGACCUGUCGGUCUUUUUCUGUGGGAUACUCCAGUCCCUCCAGAAGAUCGGUCGGGCAGUAUCACAAGGAAAGAUCCCCCCUCCACAUACUGAAAAGGAAUAUUUUUGGAAAUUUGUGAUGCUGAUUUGUGGUCACAGAUCGUGUCUGUCUUGAGAGAAGGCAACUCCGUAGGCUCCGCCGCAUUGUGAAAGCGGUUUCUCAUGCUGUUGGGCCUACAGGUACAGCGCGGACGUUUUUCAUGCUAAAUGCCUAGGCGAAAACUUCUCCCCUCGCACUUGGUAUGGGCCUGCCGUGCUCUCUACUAGCAAGAAGGCUCCGAUUUGUGUACGCAAAUCCAGUAUCACAAGUUUCGUUUUGAUAUGGGGAGGGGGGAUUUUUCCUUUCGAUAGGCAGCCGAGAACGAGCCUGCAUGCCGGUACAUCAACUACCGGACCUCCGACCAAGCGCCGCUCCAUAUCCUGAGUAAAAAUGUCCCCACACCAGAGUCAAGAUGGGAAAUCAGCUAGACAAAUCAAUCAGCUCUGGUUGUUUCGCAUGACAAGCGUGUCGUCGUAGUGAUGUUUCCGAAGCAUCACAGAUCUAGCGCGUCAUGCUGCUUCUAGCAUCACAAAUUCCACAACGCGAAUAGAAAAUGGCUCUGAUGAGGCUCUGCAUGAAAAACUUUUUUGGUAUGCGGAUUUGCAUGACAACUCUGAGAUGGGGGCGCUUUUCCUCAUGAUAGUCCAAAUCUGCACCGUCCACCCGGCCACCUCCAUCGCAAGCGCUCGGCCGCGGUAACAAUAUUGGUGGAAUACAUGGCAUGCAAGAACCUGGCGCAGGCAAUUCUGUAGCGGACCAGGACGGGUCAGCAGGUGGAGGUCGUGGGGACAUGAACAAGACCGGCGGCAUAUCAACCGCAAAAAUGUCUGGGUCCUCUGCAUGGACGCAACGUUUGUCAUGCUUGUCUGGCAUGACGGAAGAUUUUGUGAUGCCGCGUGUUCAAUAAGAGACCCUUUCCCCUGUGAUGCAAAAACGCAGUUUGUGAUGCGGAAAGCGCAACACUGACCCGCGCAAAUAUUUUUCAUGCUUGGCUCUGCAUUACAGUUGCUUUCAUGAUUCACGACUCAGCAUUACAAGUUUCCAGACACCCAGACGUAUUUGCAAUCCAUACGGCAGUCCGGCAAGUAUGAUCGAGUAUCCGGAUCAACUCACGUCUUCUGCCCGGGCCUCGGCACCCUCCAUGCUGCUGCAGCUUCUACCGGCAAAGAUUGUGGCGGUAAAUUAGGUUAUUUUGCGGCGGAUGACAGAAAGAGGUCAACAUCUAACUAUAUUCGGUUAGUAUUUUGGCAUCUGGAAUGGGUUAAUUCGAAAAUGCAGUAAUUUUUAUAUUCAAGCAGGAGAAUGCGUUGCGUUCGUCUCCGUUCUCUUAGUGUCUCUUUAUACGAGGACGGAAGAAAAUUUUGUUCCGAGUAGAAUGAUCAUCGCAGUUUACUUGAAAAUUGAAAGUAUAAAAAUCGCUAGGUCGUCGGAGCGGAAAGCGCAACCAUGCCCCACCAGCAACCGCCGGCUACUGUAGCACUGCCGCCCGACCAAGUGCGAGACGCCAAGUCCGCCGUGGUGUCUGUGCUGGGCACCACGCAAGACAGAGAAGAUGCGGUCGGGGGUUCGUCUAUUCCGGUCACCCCGCCCGACGACCGCACGGUCGGGCAACUUUAUGCAACGAAAAAAGUGUUAAACGCACUUGCACACGAGUAUGUAUGCAGUGUCCUAGGGUGGGUCAUGGACUAGAGUGGUACAAAGUAUGUACGUAAAAAUUUGCAAAUUGCUGUCCUAGCGUGUGCAACAUGAGAAACACGUAUUUCGCACGGAAAUUUCAAUGGGUUUUACAAGACUGCAGAAGAAUAGACCGCGCAUGACAAAUUAAUUCAAGUGCAUCGGACUCUCCUGCAGGGCCCACCCUAGGCAUUUAUACAUAAGUACACCCUAGGCCCGCAAGCGGAUGAGGGAAAAACCGAAGCAAAAAGCACUCGCGAAAGAGAACAAGAAUUGCUCUAGUCCCUGGCGCUGGUAGUUGCGCGGGGAUGGUGACUGCCGCAAAACUGCAGCGCUUUUUGUGCUAUGCAAUCCGCAUUAAUUUGUGUACGUUAUGGCUGUGAAACAGAGUCGUUUUUUUUUUCAAAGAGCAAGCGCAAGCGCUAUGGGACCGAAAGAAAAAGCAAAUGCAAAAACCUUCUGCUUGGCUAUCAGGAUGCGCAACAUUGUCACGCAUGAGCAGGCGCGCAACCACAGCGACGCAAAAAUUGUAUAGAUGGAGUAUUUCCCGAAGAGAAAAGAAAACACUAAACAUAGGUCGCAAAGAGUGAUCAACGAAAGACCCUAAAAAGUGGUGCUGGGUGCUGUUACGGGGGGGGGGGCGGAGGGUAGCCACAUCAGGAGGCGCCGCGCAACGCAACCACGACAGCAAAGCAACGCCGCGCGCCCUGCGCCGGCCGUUGCGGGGGGCCUUCUGGGGGUGCCCACUCGCAACAGCCGCGGCGGGCUGCGGGACGAGUUCGGCGGCGCUGUCGCGGACGGUGGUCCAUGUCGGAGGCGCGGGCGCCUCCUAGUGCGGGGGCCUGGCGGCCAAACACAAGCAACACGCGGCAGGGGCAGACUUGCGCCCGCUGGGGGACACGGCCGCCGCACCGAUGCCGCGCGCACACACAGGCAAGAAAAGAGGCGCGGGCCCGUUCGGGUCUUGGGCGUUCCCAAUGGCCCGCGCCAAGAACAUGCCGCGCGCCAUUCCUUGGUCUGCCGCUCCGCUGUGCGGAGUCCCUAGGUUUGCGCCGUUCGGCCCCUGGACGGCAACCAGACAAACAACGCCGAAGGUCGGCGCAUCUGCCGAAAGGCCCCCAAGAACGAAGAAGGCACACGAAAAGCCGACAGGGCAGAAGCAAAAAUUAGCGCUCUCCGCCCUAGGCUAGGCGGCCCAGGGUCACUGUCCUAGCCUAGGCUAGUCCGCCGCAGCGUUUUGGCCUAGCAUGUCAAAAAUUAGCUUCGCAAACUCGCGCAAGGCCCGGACUAGGGUAGUGCAUGAGGAAAACACGAGGAAAAACAAAGCAAAACGAUUUGGCCAACGCUAGGCCGCGCCGAACGUCCAGGGCACUGCGACCCAUCCUAGCCUGGUGCAUGGGAAUAGCCUCGGUCUAGGCCGCAGUCAUGCUAGGAUUCCGCAUGUAUGAUGUUGCAGUUUUGAUGCCAGCAAGUAGGUAGACAAUCUACAACACUCAUCUGCCAUGCCAGAAAUCAAAUGCUUGUGAGCCCUGUAGUUUCUUCAAUAUGCGUGUUUUUCCUAUAUGAUCUUCCCUGCAUUGGUCUUCACCCUGCUGGGCAAGUUUGUGUAUACUGAAAUUCCGUAAAAAAGAAGUGCGACAACUGUAGGAGCACUUUUUUUGUGUUACCAAGUCGUGCAGCCAGCAGCACCUAGCAGCGCGGAAGCAACGCAGCAGGCUGGUGGCGCCGCCGGGAGCACGGCGGGUUUUGGUGCGUCUGCGCCAGGAAAUACAAUGAUGCUCUCGCAGAACAAGCACCAAGCGGAACUACCCCAGGCACAGCAGCUGGCAUUGGAUACGCCGGGACGGGGCACUGCAUCUACUUCGUCGAAGCAGACAGCGGUCGAACAAACCAGCACUGCAGCACCUGGCGCCGUCGUGUUGGGCCAUGAACAACAAAUACCCGCAAGUAGUAGUGUCUUGGCACCACAACAACCGCCACCUCCAGUGCCCACCGCCCCGCCGCAUUUGAAAGUCAUUGCCGAGGGGGACCCGCUGCGAAGACUGAUUUUCGCCCGGAUUAUGCAGUGCAAAAUUAUCGUACAUCUGCUUAGCUGCAUGAGAACGAAUGGAAUUUGUCAUGCAAUUUUACCUUGAGAAGAAGAUUUGUCUUGUAUACCUGCAAUUACUUCCUGAGUGCGAUACUUUUGCAAUGCAUACGGAUCCUGGAUUUGCAAUUGACCGAUGAAGAAUCGAAGGAAGACAUUCCGUUCGAGCAGAUUUCGCGGCACAUUUCCAAGGAGUUCCUUGAUCAGCUCCUGGAGAAACGGAACAAAUCGCUCUUGGCCGCCAACCAAGCCGAGCGGACGGAGAAGCUGCAGGAGUUCCUGACCUAUGAACUGCAAAAGUGCCGUACUACUCGUACUUGAAGUUGUAAAAUUGCAUAAUUACAAAUUUGAAUUUUUUCAGCCUGAAGAAAAUCGCGAUUUGUAAUGCUGAUUACGCUUUGGCUUUUAAAAACAAGUUUAGUAUUUCCGUUUGUCAUGCGUGCUUGCAAUUGGCUACGAGGACGAUACUUUUGCACUGGAUAUCACUGACAAAGGCUUGCAGUGGUUCGCGAAGCAAUCUUUAGAGCCGGACGUGCUGGGUGUGCACCCUGGCAUAUGAGAGUGCACAACUCCCCCUCGUUCUCAUUUGUAUAGGAUGGACGGCAAUACAAGCGUCAGCGAGAGUGCAGGUUUUGCAUGACAAACUUGCACAGGAUUGUAGUGCUUCGGGGCGGCCAGGUGAAUUUGUGAUGCACAUGUAGUGACAGGAGGGAAAGUCUGGAAUUGGUGUUUUGCAUGAGAAAUGAGAACGAGGGGGAGUUGUGCACUUUCAUAUGGCAGCGUCGAGGAGCAGGCGAAAUCGCUGAACCAGGGGGUCUACGCAUUGCAACUGUGAUGUCCCCGUCUGGAAUUGUCGUGCAAAUUUCGUACGAGAGUAAUGUAAGAAUAAGAUCUGUGUUGUCACAUGAACCGGAUUGACAACGUUUUUCGUCGAUUUGGAGUGCAGUUUGUCAUGCGAUUCACGAAUAUUGAAUCUGCUACUUUAUAAUAUCGGAGGCAUCGCAAAAGUAAAGCUAUCAUGCCGUCCCUGCGUAGAAAAGACAGCUCUAAUAUGAUCAUGCAAGACUCGGGAGCAGCACAAAUUUGUCCCGCCGUCUUUAUUCCAGACCCCGAGGACAUGAUUGCACUGGAUAGAGUCUUUCGAGAAUUCGUGAAGCCCGAAGCGCUGCCGGGGUUUUUGCUGCUGCAAAAUCCGCCGUCGCUGGAGCUGUUGAAAGCGUAUUUGAAUGUUGAUUUGGAUUUUGAUUUGAACGCAAAUAGAGUGAAACCAUGAGUAAAUGAUCUGUGAGGUAGAUCAUGCUUUAAUCCUCUCUCUCUCUCUGUGAGGAGGACAUAGCACAUCAAGAGCCGGUCAUUCACAUUCUCAUUUAUGCUUUGCCGCAUUAUAAAUUCAGGUACUUUCGUAUUUGGGCAACGCAGUGGACCGCCGCGUACUUUUCCACAGGAAAGGCGUGCCAAACGGAAAAAAGCUAGCAUGGCAUGUAGUUAUAGUUUCCAAUGCAUAACGAAUUAGAUGAGAUAUUAAAAGUAAGUAAAACAAAGACGCGCGGCGCCAUCCAUCGGCAAGCCCGCCACAGUGUGCUUCCUCUUUCUUGGAGAUCCGCAAAAAUACACAGAUUUAUUUUCUGUGAAGAUGUAUUCGUUUCUGUUGAUCAUGCAAUUACAGAUACUAUGGUGUCGUCCUAGCUUCUUUCCCUGGGAUAAAUUGUGUCCAGAAUUUUCCGCUUCCAUUGGGGAGAGAACGUAUGUAUGAAUUGCAAAUAUGUCUGGGUCUGGAACAAGUUGGUAACUUAUGGUAAAUCUGAAGCAUACAAAAAUCUGUGUUGCAUGAGUGCCAAAAGCUGUCCACUUCCGACCAAGUUCUUGGGAGGCAGUUUCUCAUGCAGGAUAAGCAUGGCGGAGACGGAGACCUCGCGCUCGCAGCGUCUGUCAUGCUAUGUCCCGCAUUCUAGACCUCAGGGGUCAUGGAAAAUCUGCAUGACAAGUUUACACCCUUCGAGACCCAGACAGUUUUGCACUUGAUAGUAUGCGCGGAAAGUGGGACGCAUGCUGCUGGACGUGAUCAAAGCUGGAUUUACGCAGGUAAUAUAGGAAAGAGCAAUGUAUUUGACUUGAAAAACAACAAGUACGGCUAUAAUUCCACUUGGACUUAUCCUUAUGUCAUGUCAUAGUCGUUUGUUCUUGAUGUUGGGUCUUGAUCCCUGGAGCUGGAGCUGGUCCAUUUAUAGCAAAGUUUAAACGAACAAUCCAUGACAUCGUGUUUCUUUCCUCUCCGCAGGCCGUCGUGUUUGAAGUUGACCAGCCACAGCAGCCACAAGCUACUAUCCGAGUGCACAACAAGAACUCUCCCUUUCUAAUUUCCAUUCUAGUGGCACCAGCAAUACAGACAUGGAUAGCAAUGAACCUACUGCAUGACAAGUCCAGGUGUUUUGCAUUACAAACAAGCUGGGGAUGCUGGGGUUACAGUUUUGCAUUUUGCAAAGGAGGGAGGCCACAGGAAGGGGAACAGCAAGUUGUGCACUCUCAUACAAGCGGUUCUCACUCCACCAGGCCACCAGCAUUCAGAAACGCAACAACCAGUAGUGCCGAAGCCGAAGAACCCUCUGAAUCUGAAGGAGACGGAGAGCCUCCUUUCCGCCUUCUGCCAGGCGAUUGUGGAACAGCCACCAAUCGUGGUGCGACUGUCGGUAUCAAAUGCAAAAACGUCUGGGUCUCCUGGAAGAGUGAGUGCAACUUGUAAUGCUGCCUUUGGACUCCACAAAAACUCUGUAUUGCAUUGUGAACAGCAAAAGAGGUCCAUUUUUUGCUACGCGGAGGAGGCAUUUCUCAUGCAGUAUGGGCAUCAGAAAGCGGUCCCACAAAAUCUGUGAUGCUAGGGCAUGCAUCACACACGUCAGGGGUCACGCAGAAUGUGCAUGACAAAAGUGGCAUUCUUCCAGACCCAAACAUAUACAUAUUUGCAGUGCAUAGUCGAAGUGCUUUCUCGACGACCUGCAGUUUGAAGCGACGAGAACGAUCCAGCAGUCCCCUCCCUCAAAUUUGCAGACGUCUUUUUUCGACCGGCUGUUGGUACUGACCACCAUGACCCUGUGCCUCGCCUCCAGUCCGAAGCUGUGGCAGCGGGACGUGUUUGCCGAAAUCGGGCAGAGCGAUUUGGCACUCCAUCCCUGCGUGAUGAAAAAGAUCUUCGACCGCAUCAGCGAGCUGCGGAUUUUUUCCACGACCGUAACUCCUGGUGGGGGUGCAGGAGUAACUGGACCGCCACUUCCUGGCACUAGUACCACGGGCACAACCAGCCGCGAGCGAGCAGACUAUAAUUCGGCUUCAUCUUUAGUGCCGGGGCCACAGGAGAUGAUCUUCCCCAGUUCAACGGGAGGAGGAGCAGGCUCUGCAAGUCAGGCGGCACGCGGAGUUGGUGGGUCGUCUUCUUUGGAAGCUGCUGUUCCCGGAGGUCCUCAGCAGCUAGCGUUAGGGAGCAGCGGAACGAAGGCACCGCAGGUGGUUGGAACAGUACAAAAUAAUUCCACUACGAAAAUAAAUCCUCCCUUGGUUCUGGGCCCGGCGCCACCGACCACACCGGGGGAGAGAUGAAGACUGUGAUGUGUAAGAAAGUCGACUUCUGCACCGACGUAGAAGCAUGCCGAUGUUUUGUCAUGCGGUGGCUAGAGCAUACGAUUAAAUUAUGAUUUAGAACCUGAGGUAACCUUAGCCUCGCUUUUUUACAUUCGAAAUAAUAAAGCAAGAGCAAAGAGCAAAAGGAUAUGAUAUUAACAGCUUCGCCAUUUGUACACAACGGCUUUUUACCUCCCCCUUCCACUGACUUGUAGGUAGUACAACCGGAAGAAAUUAACCACCACCUCCGUGUGAUCCAAAAAUGCAUGAUGAUUUGGAUAUUUUGGAACUAUCCACUUGUACUUGAUUGAUAAAAUUGAUGUUGAUGAUUUUGAUUGCAAUUGUACAAAAGGGCACAGUAGCAGUACCAAGAAACUCAAAACCUAAGCGGAGGAGCCGCUUCUGAGUAAUAUCAGGUGACCCG